AUGAGACUUCGCUCCUUUUUCUUGCGGUAUUACCCACCGGGUAUUACAUUAGAAUACGAAACUUCGUCGGGUGAAAUUGGUCAAAAAGUGAUAGACUUACUGACACUUACCCCGUCAUCAAAUCUUACUCUUGUGGCAAAUGAACUAAUACAAUCUGAGUCACUCUUGACAGAGAAGUAUCGUCCGUCCAUUAUGCAAUAUUUAAAACGUUUAGUUGAAAAACUCAAGGAGGGCUAUCAAAAGCAGACAUUUUACCUUUUCAAAAGUUUGCGUGCCCAUUUGCUCCCUCUCACGAAUUGUGCUUUCAACAAGGGUGGUGACAAGUUUGUAACAGGUAGCUACGACCGCGUUUGUAAAGUGUGGGACACCGCGACUGGCAAUGAGUUGCUAUCUUUGGAAGGUCAUCGUAACGUAGUAUACUCCGUAGCUUUUAAUAACCCCUAUGGAAACCGUGUUGUGACCGGUAGCUUCGACAAGACAUGCAGGUUGUGGGAUGCAUCAACUGGACAAUGCUUCUACACUCUUACCGGACACGUGACAGAGGUUGUGUGCCUUUCAUUUAACCCUCAGAGUACGCUUCUAGCAACUGGUUCCAUGGACAAAACCGCCAAGGUUUGGGAUGUCGAACGAGGCGACGAGCUAUUUUCUUUGAUUGGCCACUCUGCUGAAAUUGUCUCUGUCAAGUUUAACUCUUCCGGCAACCUUGUCAUGACUGGUUCCUUCGAUAACACAGCAAUGCUGUGGGACGUGCGCACUGGAAAGCUUGUGAGGACACUGGAGGGCCACCGGGGUGAGAUUUCCUCCGCACAGUUCAACUUUGCAUCGAAUAUGGCAGUUACAGGAAGUAUUGAUCGCACCUGCAAGUUGUGGGAUGUCGGCUCCGGUAGCUGUCUAAGUACCCUUCGUGGACACACGGAUGAGGUUCUCGACGUAGUUUUUAAUACCACAGGCAGCCAGGUCGUGAGUGCGAGUGCAGACUCCACGGCGCGAGUAUACGACACCAACUCCUUCAACUGUGUUUCCAGUCUUAUCGGACACGAUUGUGAGAUAUCGAUGGUUCAGUUCAACCCCCAGGGAAAUAAAAUCAUCACAGCCUCGAGUGACAAGACGUGUCGCAUAUGGGAUGUUGAAUCUGGUCAAACAUUGCAGACAUUGAUCGGCCACGCGGAUGAAAUAUUUUCGUGCGCUUUUAACUACCAAGGGAACAUGAUUUUGACUGGUUCAAAGGAUAACACAUGCCGCAUAUGGAAGUGUUAG